UAUUCCCUCCCGGCCAUCUCCCGCCGUUGGAUGGGAUCCCGCCACCGUUGGAUCUAGGGCUCUUGGUGGUGCACGGUCUUUGAGAAUGGAGGGGCAAACCACGCGUAUUCAUUCUCUCAUUCAUUCGUCGCAGAGGAAAGAUGGGAAAACGGAACGAUUGCCGGCUCGAAUCCUGUGAAAAUUCCCCACUUUUUUGCCUGGCUUUCCCUUUUUUUGCUUUUUUUUUCUAUCGCUCUGUUCUUGGCUACUCACGACACGGAUCGCGACCCCUAAAUUCAGUUGAGUCAGAGAGGCGAAAGAGGUGCUCCAUCAAUGUGGGCUUCCGUGCUUCCAAUCCAAAAAUCUCCUCCAUUUCCUCUUCCAAUUUUCCAAUUUCAAUCUCUCUCUCGUUUUCGCGUACUUUGGAGCGAUGAUUGAUGGGGCACAGCGAGCAGAGAAGUCCCUGUCGGAGAUUGAUUGAGAGGUUUGACUGAUUCGGGAGGGAAGAUUUGGAAAAAUUCCCAUUCCUUCCACGAAUCGAUCGAGAAUGGGUGCUUUGGGGGUGGGAGGAGCGAUGCAUUCGAUCUUCUCCAGCUGCACCGGGAGUGUUUGCGUGACCGUGGACGAUCGCCAGGAGCGUGCGUUAUCGAAUCGCCAUCAGUCUAGGAGCAGUGGCGUGGGAUGUCCUUCGUCGCGAUCGGGCAAUGUGGUUCUCGUGGCGAUGGAUGCGCUGAGCGGCGAUGGCGGCGCCGUCGUGCUCCAGGAGCACGCGCUGCGAUGGGCGGCGAGGAAUGUGGUUCGAUCGGGCGAUUGGCUCUACGUCGUGGCUAUCUAUCGCCGGGAUCAGGGAUUUGGGCGCAAGCUCUGGCAUUGCGAUGAUUCUCGCAGUGGCGACGGGGAAUUCGUGGGCUGCCGCCAUCGCCCUCGCCCUCCUCGCCAUCGCGAUCCGAGGGAGCAAAGGAUCAAGGAUUCGUGCACGCUUCUGGCUAGCAGGCUCUGUGACACCUCCAAGAUCAAUCUCAAGGUGAAGACGACCCCAUGGUGGAGAGGGAUUGUGGUCGAAGAGGCCAACAAGCUCCAAGCUUCGUGGGUUGUUCUUGAGAGGUCUUUGCGAAAGGAGGGCAAAUGGUGCGCCCGCGGCUGCCGAUCCAACGUUGUCGUGGUCAGCCAGGUCGGUUUCCGGGUGCUGUGCCUGAAUCUCAAGAAUGCCGCGGCGGCGAUCGCUUCCUCGUCGUCGUCCUCGAUGCUCGGAUUGCCGUCGUCGAAGAAGCGAGUGAUAUUCUCGACUGGCGAUGGCGCGGCUGCCGCGGAUUUCGAAGGGAAUGAGGAAGAGGCGAGCAGUAGCCCAGAGAUCGAGACGCCGUUCAGCGUGACCGAGCGCGGAAGCAGCAGCUCAUCGUCGACCUCGAGCUCAGAGCACGAUCGUGCUGUCGGAUUCUCUUGCACUGGCGGGGCCAAGAAGAAGAUCGCUACUGCUGCCGCAACCGAUAGCGUGAUUUCAUCCGACACCAAGAAAAAUUGCCUAGACGAGCGGUUGUUCUCCCAGACGAGAUCCAUACUCUCCGACGCUGAGAACUACAUCAAAUGCAGGCCCGGGCUUGACAGCGCCACAACUCCAGACAUUUCAGAGCGCUUCUCCGCGUUACAAGUCGAGAGCUAUGGGAAGAGUCCCAGGAAGAACGCCAGGCACGUCUCCCAGCGAUCGUCCGAGGGCUUGCUUCCAAUCGAGGAAGCGGAGGCUCCGUCGGUGUCAAACCAGCACCGCAACCAACAAGCAGACGAUCAUCGACUACUGGAGAGAACUUCGAGCGUCCGACAGGCGGUCGCUUUACCACUGAAACGCUCGCUAGCCGGUUCGCCGCCUUUGUGUUCUAUCUGCCAACAUGCCUCUCCAGUCUUCGGCAGGCCUCCUCGUCGAUUCAGCUACAGCGAGCUCGAGUUCGCUACCGGGGGAUUUUGCAAGGCAAACUUUCUCGCGGAGGGUGGCUAUGGCUCGGUCCACAGGGGUGUUCUUGGGGACGGGAUUCCCGUGGCUGUGAAGCAGUACAAACUGGCUAGCUCGCAAGGUGACUUGGAGUUUUGCUCCGAGGUGGAAGUCCUGAGCUGCGCGCAGCACCGAAACGUGGUGAUGCUGAUCGGAUACUGCAUCGAGAGAAAGCGAAGGUUGCUUGUCUACGAGUUUAUCUGCAAUGGCUCGCUCGAUUCUCAUAUCUAUGGUGUGACCAAGCCCCCGCUGAAAUGGUCAUCGAGGCACAAGAUAGCCGUUGGAGCUGCUCGGGGAUUGCGUUACUUGCACGAAGAAUGCCGUGUUGGUUGCAUCGUCCACAGGGACAUGCGUCCAAACAAUAUUCUUCUGACACACGACUUUGAGCCCAUGGUCGGCGACUUUGGACUCGCGAGGUGGCAGCCAGACGGUGAUCUGGGCGUAGAAACGCGAGUAAUUGGCACGUUUGGUUACUUGGCCCCAGAGUACGCGCAAACGGGCCACAUAACGGAAAAAGCUGAUGUAUUCUCGUUUGGCGUUGUUCUUUUGGAGCUUGUCACCGGCCGCAAAGCCAUUGAUAUCUCACGACCAAGGGGACAGCAAUGUCUCACAGAGUGGGCACGUCCAUUGCUAGAAGAACAGUCUCAUCACGAGCUCAUCGAUCCGGCGCUAGUGAAUGAGCUUAACCAGUACGAGGCUUACUGCACGUUGUUUGCGGCCUCCUUGUGUAUCCAACGCGACGCACACUUGAGACCUCGCAUGUCACAGGUGCUACGAAUGCUCGAAGGCGAUCUAAAUCUCAGCCGAAACUCGUCCCCGAUGCGAUCACGCCUGACUUACUCCCCGCACUCCUCGUCCAAGAACAGCGUGAGAUCGAUGAGCCCCGCGAAGAGUAGGCUCUUCCCGGGAGCUCUAGACAGCGUUGUCAACAGCUUCAUGUCCGCCCACCCCAUCGUCGUUUGCAACACAAAGCUCUCCCACGAAGCUCUCAAGGCCGCGUACAAAGACAAGCUCGACUCGCAGAGGCCAUCGCUCGAAGAGUAGAAAUCUCUUCGCUCAAAUCUCUGCCAACUUCACAGUCACAAAAACAAAGAGAGAAGAUGAAGAGAAGAGAAGAAAAACAAAAAAUUCUUACUAACAAUGUAGCUGCCGUACGUAGCCUUUCCCAUGUACAAAUGGUCGAGAAAAAUCAUCACCUAAUAGAAGAAGAAACCCUGUGUUGUCC